UGUCGCGGGCUUUGCCCGGCCGACCGGCAGGGGGGAGGAUGGGAAUAGAGCUGGGCGGUCUCUGGCCCCUGGCUUCUUUCUUUCCUUCCUGCUUCAGCGGGUUCCGAGGGCCAGAAGCCGGUGGCGACCGUGGCCUUGGCCUAUGUAUCGUCCCUCGCCGUCUCUUCAGACGUAGGGAAGACGCCGGCAGCUGUGGUCCCCAAAAUAUCCUGAAUUUUUUAGAGCUUUGAUGGAAACGACAACAUUAUCAUCUUUAAGUUAACUGGUGAUAUACAGUCAAUAAUGCUAGUUCACAGAGAAGUUAAUCCAAGUAGGGUCUCCCUUUGCAACACAAAGAAUGAACCAGUGGUGAGGAAAAAAGUACUUUAACUUAACUAACUGCCUGUGAAGAGGAUGUUAUAUUCUUAUAAUAGACAUCAGUGGAAUCUAUGAUAGGAAUGAUGGCUGGCUGUGGUGAAAUUGAUCACACAAUAAACAUGCUUCCCACGAACAGAAAGGCAAAUGAGUCCUGUUCUAAUGCUGGACCUUCUCUUACUGUCCCUGAAUGUGCCAUCUGUCUGCAAACAUGUGUUCACCCAGUCAGUCUUCCUUGUAAGCAUGUUUUCUGCUAUUUGUGUGUAAAAGGAGCUUCAUGGCUUGGAAAACGAUGUGCACUUUGUCGUCAGGAGAUUCCUGAGGACUUUCUGGACAAGCCAACCUUGUUAUCACCAGAGGAACUAAAAGCAGCAAGUAGAGGUAAUGGAGAAUAUGCCUGGUAUUAUGAAGGAAGAAAUGGGUGGUGGCAGUAUGAUGAACGCACCAGCAGGGAAUUGGAAGAUGCUUUCUCCAAAGGUAAAAAGAGCACUGAAAUGUUAAUUGCUGGUUUUCUGUAUGUUGCUGAUCUCGAAAACAUGGUUCAAUACAGGAGAAACGAACAUGGACGACGUAGGAAAAUUAAACGGGAUAUAAUAGAUAUACCAAAGAAGGGAGUGGCUGGACUUAGGCUGGAUUGUGACUCUACUGCGGUUAACUUAGCAAGAGAGAGCUCUGCAGAUGGAGCGGACAAUAUAUCAGCCCAGGCUGGGGCUUCGGUGCUGCCUCUAGUGUCUACUUCUGUUAGACCUUUAACUUCACUAGAUGGUCAGUUAACAAGCCCUGCAACACCUUCACCUGAUGCAAGCACUUCUCUAGAGGACUCUUUUACUCACUUGCAAAUCAGUGGAGACAGCGUGGCUGAAAGGAGUCACAGGGGAGAGGGAGAGGAAGACCAUGAAUUACUCUCUUCAGGCAGGGUACCAGCACCAGAUACCUCCGUUGAGGAAACAGAAUCAGAUGCUAGUAGUGAUAGUGAGGAUGUAUCUGCUCACCUUGCACAGCACUUAUCUUCAACUCAGCAGAGACAUUUGGUUCCAAAUGUAAAUCAGAUAGCAACUGAUAGACCUACAGCAGGGGGUGGAGCAGUGAGUGCCAGUGUCAGGUCUAGAAGACCUGAUGGACAGUGCACAGUAACUGAAGUUUAAAGAUGUCGUCAGCCACAUGUUCAAGAAUACAAAUACAUCUGUAAUGAUAUCUGUAAAUUUCUGCCUAUGAGACAUUACACUCAUCCCCUAGUAGUGUAUUUUGGGAUUAGAGGGUGGGAAAAGGGAAUGGGAAGAAUUGGCCUUUAACUAAAACGUCUAAUGUGUCUGGAAAAUUUAUUUAAAAGUCAGGAACUUUGGGUGUUGAUAGUUGAAAGAUACUUAGCAAUACCCAAUUUUUCUCCUAAAAGUCUUUUUAUUUUAUAGUGGGUUUUUUUUUUUGUUUGUUUGUUUGUUUUUGAGAUCCUCAAUCCUUUUGGCCACUGUGUAUUUUUCUGUGCAUUAACUGUCUUCAUUACCUAACUGUUGCAUUGUGUCUUAUUUCUCUGCAUGGAUCGACGUAUGGAAAGAACACUAAAUUUGGGAGCAAUAUGAGAUAUUGGUUAUUGAUAAGAGCAGGAUAUUUAAUGUGAAAAUAGAUUAUGUUUGGAAAUUAUGAGGGAUACUUUAAAUAGACAAACAGCAACCAUUUUAUCUUCAAGUUCUCAAAAUGCAAAUGUAAACAGCUAAUAACUUCUGUUCCAAAAUCCUGACUGUAACAUACAUUGUAGUGUUCUCAUAAGCUUUGCUGUCUAGUCCUUGUAGUUUGAGGGUUCUCCUAAUCUGUCUCAUCUUUUUUCUUUCCUUUUUUUUUUGGUUAGAAAAUUUAUAAUUUAAUAAAUACUACAGUUU